CAAAAGUAGCAAUACUUUUCGUUGCGAGUCGAGAGAGAGAGAGAGAGAGAAAGAGAGAGAGAGAGAGAGAGAGAGAGUUGGCAAAAAAUUGAUCUGUGAAUCGUGAUCGGAAAAUUCUGAUUUGUUUUGAUCGGAAAAAGAUGAUGGAUGAAGAAUUCGAUACAACACUGAAAUUUCUUCCACGUAUAUAUGAAUCUGGGACUGAACAAAAGAACACCAUUGUAGUCCUGCAACAUUCGAACCUACUCUAUGUGGAUAAAGUCACAAAGUUGUUAAGAGAUUGGGAGUUGCGUAUGAUCGAAAGCUCUUAUCUCAGCUUGAUUGUCAAACUCGCAAGGAGAGAGGACAUUCGGUUUUCUGGAAAGAUCUUCCACUUCUUGAUGCAAAGAAGAAUUUUGACACAAGGAGAAGACAUGUGGUUUGCAUUUGCAGACCAGCCGAUGAGAUUUUCAAUCAGGGAAUAUUUCCCAACCACAGGCUUGCGUUGUUGUGACCCAGAGGAGAACCCAAACCAAACAACAAGACCAUCACACGAGAAGGUGAAAAAACCAUAUUUGUGGAUGCAAGGACAGACAGAUAAGUACACGGUGAAAGAUUUGAUGAAUCUGCUGGAAGAAAAUGCGAACAGAAUGUCUGUUGAGGAGAAACUUUCUCUUGGAGCUGCAAUCUUGACUUAUGGGAUUAUAAUCUCUAAGAAUCCAACGGUAAAGGGGAAGAUGGGAUACAAGGUCCUAUCUGCUAGUAUACGCAGGAUGCAAGCAAAAAUAUUUGCAAAAAGUCAGUAUGAAGUUCAAGGAUUCAUAUGGGCAAUCGCGUUGUGGGCUUUGUCGACUGUGCCUGCCCUAGGUACUUCAUUUGGGAGUUGAUUUGAUUCAAGCUCGUCUGCAGGCCCGUUGUUUUUACGGCGAAAAGCCACUCGGACUACCAGGAUUUCAGAAGUUUUGCGUUUUGAGCAGAUAAGUAUUGUUGUAGUCAAUACUAUUGUUGGAGAUCCAGAGGAAUAUAAGAAUCUGGUUCCACCAACAAAUCCUAUUGAAAAAGACUUUGCAGCGGUUGUGCAACUAGUCAAGCAAGGCUAUUGAUUGAGGAGAGCCGACUGGAUAAGCGGCAUGUUAGAUGUUGUUACUGCAUCUGAAUACAUAUUGACACAGCAUGCAAGAAACGCAGAGCCUAGAACAACCACUGAGCCUCCUCCUUUUACUGACUAUGUAAAACUUGACAAGAUACUCAAUAUGGUUGAGAUCUUGACCAGAAAAGUGAAGAUCAUCCGGCAAGUCUUAGGGAUUCCAGAAGAAAAAGAAGCAGAUGGCAAGGGAUCAGAGGAAAAUAAAAAUGUUUCUAAAGAUGGCGUGCAUAAAUAUAUUUGCAAUGAUACAUAGUCAGAUGAUUCUCGGCGUAAAGCAAAUUCAAAUGACAGUUAUGCUGCCAAUGACGAUAAUACACAAAACAUGGUGUUGUUGAGGAAACAACUGAUUUUGUUAGUGGAUGUAAUGGUAAAGAUGCUAGUUCUGUUGGUAUUGGCGAUGAAGAAACAGAAUUUAUGGUUGAAAAGAUCUUGGCGAUGAGGAAGCUACAACCGUUGUUGAAGAUAAAGAUGAUUCAUCUUUACUCCUUGUUUGAAUCCAAAAACUAAUUUCUUAUAAUCCUUGUUAGUUUCUGUUUUUCUGUUGGAUACAAUGAAGAUACAGAAGUUAUUGUUGUAAGUAUCCAAAAACUUGGCGACGAUGAAGCUUCAAAUGGCUGUAACAAUGAUAUAUCUCGUAUGACAACUGUAGAUUGUGGUGAGAAAAAAAAACCAUAAGUUUACAAAACAGCAUAAAUAAAGACAAUGGAGGUUAUACUAGCAGACAAAGAGCUGAUGACAAAGACAAUGAGGAGGCUACUGAAAAUUAAUGACAUCACCGUAGAUCUGAAGUGGAUUACCACGCUGGAGACAGCAGGAAAUGUUUUUACGAAAGCGGAUGACACGAUGGCUACCUCUCCAUUCACUAUACAAAUAGAGUCAAAAGAAGUACCACAGGUUGCUAAAAUAGCAGACACAUGCGUUUUCGUGUUGAAAUUAAUAGAGUGCCACUCGAUGCGCAUCAAGGACUUGACGACACUUUCUGAAGAAAACAUCGGGGAUAUAAGAAUGAAGCUUGCUGCUGAUAUCUUCUCAAAGAGAUGGAGCAAGGAUGCACAGAGGAGCGGAGAAGAAACAUUCCCUUUCUUGUUUCAAAUCAGUCCAGUCGUCAUUGCUUCAGUGUGGGUUGCUCGAACCAGAGUACUGAUAGUAAUGAAGAGGGCGUGUGUAACCCUCAAGGCUGUGAUGUUUUAA